AACGUUUGUGCGCGGCCCGUGUUUCCGGGGGGAAGCGGCCCCUUCCGGUGCGGCCGGAAGCGGUACUCCCAUGGUCCGGCGGCGGGAUGGCGGCGAAAGGGGCCGCGCUGCUGCUGCUGCUCGGGGCGGCAGCGGCGCCGGGCCCGGUGCGGGGCUCGCAGGGGGAUCGGGAGCCCGUGUAUCGGGACUGCCUGGCCCAGUGCGAGCGGCGCAACUGCUCGGGGGCCGGCCUGCGGCACUUCCGCUCCCGGCAGCCGCUCUACAUGAGCCUGACAGGCUGGACCUGCAGAGAUGACUGUAAAUAUGAGUGCAUGUGGCUUACAGUGGGGCUUUAUGUCCAGGAAGGUUACAGAGUGCCUCAGUUCCAUGGCAAGUGGCCCUUUUCCCGCUUCCUGUUCUUCCAGGAACCUGCAUCUGCCUUUGCUUCUUUCCUUAACGGACUUGCCAACUUUGUGAUGUUGACUAGAUACAAAGCAUCCGUCCCGCCUUCAUCUCCCAUGUACCACACCUGUAUCGCCUUUGCCUGGUGUGCUGACCACAACCCCAGUUCUCAUGGAGCCUGACCGGGGUCUCGGCUGUAAACAGCUGCCAUUCAGGACAUCCUUGUCAUGAAGAGCCUUCGAAAGAGAAAUCCUCCACAGCCCUGUUAUUCCUUUAUCCCCAGGGACUAAAUGGGAACUUGUGACAGAGCGAUUUAGACCCUAUUCAUGGGCAUUGAAAAUAUAAUUUCCUCCGCUUUGGGCUAAGGGAUGUGAGUGGCCGUCGUGCCUGGAUUGGUGAAUGUUUGCGCUGAUUUUUGCCGGGCUGCACAUGGUGGUUACGUCCAUCUCUGCAGUGCAAGACUGCGGACUGCUCAGAGUCUGAGGCAUCCUGAGGGACCAUUCGAUCAUCUGACCUCUAACACACACCAUAGAAUCUGAGCCCCAUUACUUGUGUUUGGCAACAGCAUCUCUUCCAAACGAGCAUCCAGGCCUGAUUUGAAGCUAGUUGGUUCUAAUGGUUAAUAACACGCACUGCUUUAAAAAAGAAAAGAGAGAUCAAUUGUCCUUUAUUAUGGGGUCCUAUUAUGAGGUCAUCCAAGAUGGCAACAAACCUGCUUCACUCCAAAUUCAAAGUUUUUUAAAAAGGUGAAUUGGUGGAUUAGCAAAAAUAAUUCCUGCUCAAUAGCUUGCCUACUUCUAGGACAGUGAAAGCAGUGUGCAAACUGCAUACGUGCACUGAGGACAGAUAGAUGGGGGAGUACACUACUCAGGUUUCCUUUAGGAUACAAGGAAACAUGACCUUGCACCUUGCCCAAAGGGGAUUAUAAAUUCCCCUUGUGUAUUGUUCCCAACCGCACAUUAUGGGGCAGAGUAAAGAGCAGUGCUCUUGAGUUAGCAAUGAAUAGUGCUGUGUGUACGUGGAAGAGAACAGACCCUCUGCUGUCACUGUCUGAGGCUGUGAAUUGCCAUUUUAAUGCAACUGAUUAACUUGACUCAUUCUGUAUUGUUGAGUUCCUUGGGUUGCAGCCUCCUAGACUUGCUGCAGGUGCUGUACUGUGUGGUGCUGGAUUAUCUGGCAGCUCUGUGGCAGCCUAGUACAGCAGUGCCUGUAAGAGUGCUGCUUAGUAUUCUGGGUUCUGUUGGAAAAUUGCUCUAUUUUAAUCCAGCCAGGCCAAAUUCUCCUGGGUUUCAUCAGUUAAAUCAGGACGAGCACCAGCCGAAUGAAUCGAGUUACUCUGGCUUACGCCUGCUGCUGAGAGCAGGAUUUGCCUCUUUUUGUCUGUUGCAAGAUGACUACGCGUCACUGCUCCAGCUUUCAGCACCAUGCUAUUCGAUAAUAUCAAUUUUCAACUGAUUAAACCAUGUUUGCUUCCUGGGUUUAUUAAUUUAGCCUUUGGCUUGGUUUUCCUUCCUCCUUGAAAUGCGAUUUAUUUCUUACAGCUCCACGGAGGGUUUUUUCCCCCUUUGUUCUUAUUCUUCCAUUACCCAGCUGUCAUCUACGCCUUAAACAUUUCGUCUUCCUUUAACUGCCUUGUCUGGCUCCUUCACAGUGUCCCUAUUGACUUUCUUUUGUGAGUUUGCUAGAACCUGGUAGAAGGACUUUUACUCAGAUGGUCACCCGGUUAUUUGUCCCCGGUAGCCAGGGCUCUGUCACUGAGCUUACGGUUGGAACUUCACAGGUGCAUAGAACUUACCCUGGUCCAUUAAAUCAGGAUUCUGCCUCCAGCCGACGCCAACACCUGAUGCUUUAGGGGAAGGUGGAAAACGCUCCUGGCUAACCGUGCACAGUUGCAUGUGGUGGGGAGUUUUCUUCCUGACCCUGUGGUUGUCAGUCUGUUCCCUGAAGCAUGAAAUUUGAUUUACUCUCAGUGCAUCAUUACUGAUGAUAUCGAUCAUAAAGUUGUCCAGCCCUCGUCUUGGCCUUUUAAAUCUUGUAACGGUGCUUGUGUUGUCUGGCCCUAUGCCUGUGCGUUAGGGAACUGGUCUUAUGAGAUGCUGAGUGUUGUCAGCUCCCUUGGACUUCAGUACAAGAGCAGGCCCUAGGUGGAGGGUUGGCUGGUAUCUGUGUAGAACAGGCUUGUGUUCAACAGUGUUUUGUGACUGUUGUGAUUCCAGUGCUGGAUACAGGAAAGGAUUCUCUCAUAGGCUUUGUCGGCACUGGGAGUUGGAAUGCUAUUAACUAUACAAUCUGAAAUGCAAAGGCCCUAACUCUUAAAGGUAUCUAGAGUUCUCCUCCCGGCCUGACUCCUAGGGGGCCUGCUGCCCAGUGCAACUCUCAGCCAGAGCAGGGCACGCAGUGCAUGGGGAGAGCUGGGUGCCUCAGGAAAGGAUUUUUUUCAGCCUCUGGCUAGCUGGGUGGGGAGCUGCGUAAGCUAGCUGAGGAGAGAGACUUAGGCACUGAAGGGGCUGGCUUGGUGCACACAGUCUGAGAGAAGUGCCUUCGUCUGCCCAGGAUCCUGGAGGUAAGGGCUGACCUGGCUUAGGUGCCUAAGUCACAUGUGCCCUAGCAGCCAAAUCCCUGUCUCUUUGUUUCCUGUUUCACUGGACACUUCUUCUCACUCUUGCUCUGCAUUACCCUGUACCCCGACUGUCUCGUGUGGAUGCUCUGCAGCCUCUCCACCGAUUGGCUGGCUGCCUCCAGCCCUCCUGAUGUCGGGGGGCAGGUAACAGGUGUUAGGUGUGCUGGGAGCACGCCUGCAGGACCAGGCUCUGCUGGCGAAAUUGGAGUUCCUGCUUCUGGGCUUCGGCUUGAACUAGGGCUCUGAGCAGCUGUCGGGCAAGGUCAGUGCUUUGCAAAUGCAGCUGUGGAGCGGCCGUUUUGAAAAUGUCAGUGGCACCUAAAAUGGUGGAUGUAGGCGGCCGUGUGCCUCUUUAGGUGCCUGGGUACCUUCUAAGGAUCUGAGCCCAAGUGUGGACAAGGACUGUUGUGUGCUUAAGUCACAAUGAGACUUGAUGUGGGGUGGCAGUUUAUCCUACACCUGCCUCUGCAGGACACAUGGACCAUGGGUCUGGCCCACUCUUGGCAGUUGAAUGUGUUUAACAUUGUGUGGGCCGGCUGGGGUUAAUCCCAGUGUCCUAUCAAGAUAACGACCGGCUGACAUGCUGUUAAACACCACAGCAUUCGCUGGAGACCAGGACUAAACUGUGUUUGAUACGGGGUGGUUAACGCAUGUUCUAACACUGGGUAGCUUUCCAAGUGCAGCCCAUCUCUUCGUGCAGUGUUACCACGGGAGGUGCAGCGAAGUCAUGUGGGGUGGAGAUGGCAGCUGAUCCAGGCGUAGCAUUGUAGGAAGUUGUACUACAGCGUCUUAGCAGAGCCUACAAAGAGGCAUAUAUGGGAGCGCCACCAAAAUUUGACAACCUUUGGAUCUGCUUAUCAAAGCACCUGCAAUUACCGUUCUAGGGCAGGCCAGGCACCGUUAAUAGUGAACAAAGGCUGCUCGUUUGUCUCCAGAGCAGGGGAGGGCAAACUUUGUGGCCCGAGGGCCACAUUGGGAAUAGAAAUUGUAUGGUGGGCCAUGAAU